AUGGAAGGAGAUGAAAGAAGAGAUUUGGAAAUUCCGACCAAUAAGUUUUCAAGUCAAAACGUCGAAGAAGAGGGAAUACGGCCACGAAAAGAGAAGAAAGAAGAACAGGAACAUGACCCUCACCAGAAGAACGAAGAACGAACCAGAGAACAGGUCCGAAAAGGAAAGGGAAGGAAGAUGAAGGAAGAGGAUUUGGAAAUUCCUGACCAAGAAGUUUCAAGUCAAAACGUCGAAGAAGAGGAUACGGACACGAGAGAAGAAGAAGAACAGGACAUGACCGAAAAGAAAGACGAGGACGAAAGAGAACAGGUCGAGGAAAUGGAGGAGAUGAAAGAAGAGAUUUUGGAAAUUCCUGACCAAGAAGUUUCAAGUCAAAACGUCGAAGAAGAGGAUACGGACACGAGAGAAGAAGAAGAACAGGACAUGACCGAAAAGAAAGACGAGGACGAAAGAGAACAGGUCGAGGAAAUGGAGGGAGGAUACGGACACGAGAGAAGAAGAAGAACAGACAUGACCGAAAAGAAAGACGAGGACGAAAGAGAACAGGUCGAGGAAAUGGAGGAGAUGAAACGAAGAGAUUUUUGGAAAUUCCUGACCGAACCAAGAAGUUUCAAGUCAAAACGUCGAAGAAGAGGAUACGGACACGAGAGAAGAAGAAGAACAGGACAUGACGAAAAGAAAGACGAGACGAAAGAGAACAGGUCGGAGGAAAUGGAGGAGAUGAAAGAAGAGAUUUUGGAAAUUCCUGACCAAGAUUUCAAGUCAAAACGUUCGAAGAAUGAGGAUACGGACACGAGAGAAGAAGAAGAACAGGACAUGACCGAAAAGAAAGACGAGGACGAAAGAGAACAGGUCGAGGAAAUGGAGGAGAUGAAAGAAGAGAUUUUGGAAAUUCCUGACCAAGAAGUUUCAAAAAGACGAGGAGAAAGACGGUCGAGGAAAUGGAUGAUAAAGAAGAAGAUUUUGGAAAUUCCUGACCAAGAAGUUUCAAGUCAAAACGUCGAAGAAGAGGAUACGGACACGAGAGAAGAGGAAGAACAGGACAUGACCGAAAAGAAAGAAGAGGACGAAAGAGAACAGGUCGAAGAAAUGGAGGAGAAGGAGGUGAACGAAGACGUUUUGGAAAUUUCUGACCUAGAACUUUCAAUCCAAACCACUUCAAAGGAUGAGGAACCUGAAUUUUGCCAAGAAGACACAGUCGACGAGGUCCCCCUUGAGGAGCCCCAAGAGGAAUUGGAAGACGUAACCACGAAGGAAAAGAAAGAAGUUAAAUUAAUCAGCGGAGACCUGUAUGAAUUCCCGCUGUCGACGAAGGAAAAGCGCAUUCUGCGCAAAAUAUCAGGAGAGGUCCAGGAAUUCAUUAGAUUCUACAACGUCCGCCUCGUCCUUCCCGAAGACGACAAGAAGGAAGUUGGUCAUUUGGAGGGCGCUGAAAACCGCGUCGAAAUGGCCUUCCUACACGUUCAAGAAAUCCUUGACGAAUACGAGAGGGAAGGACACGAUGUUGAAGAUGAAGAAGACCUCGAUAAGGAAGUACUUGCUCCCCCUCCUGAGGAAUCGGAACAAGAGCCUGAACAGGGAUUAAAUUUCGCUGAAAUCCUCAAGAGGGGUCGCCAGCCUGAGAAGAAGGAGAAAAACCCGACUUUCUUCAUCGUGCAGCGCAGAACUUUCCCCGUCAUGGAAGAAUGGCUGGAAGAGGAAGACGAGCACGAAGACGAAGACGAAAGUUUGGAUUUCGAAAGUGAUUUAGAAAGUUUAGAGGAGGAAGAAGAUUGUGAAUUUGAAGAGGAAAGGCACAAGAUCAUUGUUGGCAUAUCGCUUCGAGAGGUUCCCGAAGACAAUGGCCAGGGAGCCGUUAGAAGACGUUUGCGUAAAUCUGUGCCAAGGCUUGUAAACCGUCUUCCUAAUGAAGGAAAAGAAGAGACUCAAGAGGAAAGAGUUCCUGUAGCAAAGGAGGAGGAACCAGAUCAUCAAGAGGAACAAGAUCAUCAAGAAGAAGAGGAACCACAUCAUCAAGAGGAACAAGAAGAGGACCAAGCCCCGACUCUAAACAAGGAAGAGGAAAGAGGUUCUCUAGAGGUUCCUCUAGAGGAAAAAGGAGAAGAACAUGAUCUCACCCUGAAAGAAGAGGACGAACGAAAUAUCCAGCAGGAAGAAAAUGAAGAAAUUCCUCCAGAAGAAAAGGAGUGUGGAUCACAAGGAACGGAGGAAAAGAUUCAGGAAGAACCAGAAAAGAUGUCGAAUGCUAACAUGGCAAAGAUUCUUCCUGAACAGAAAAGUACUGCCCCCGUUGCAAACUCAGUAAAAAAAUAACUGGCCCUAUAGACAACCCUAAACCAACACGGCCUGCAAAUAACGGGAAAACAAGACCCACUAGAUGCGGACCUCUCAUACACUGUGGAGGAAAAAACUUCUCCUUCCAGUGUGAGAAAGACCUGAACUUAGGACAAAUCAUUGGCAAAGGAGGAAAAUUUGCCAAGUUGGCCAGGAAAGACCACGGGGUCGUCAUGAACGUCCGCAACGAUGGUUCGAAGGUGGUCCAGCUCACAGGACCGAAGAAAAAUGUUGAAAAGGUCUACAAGGAAAUCAAAUUCCGAGUGGAUAAAGUUUUCGACAUCAGCGACCUGACUCAAGUUUCGAAAGGCUUGUUUGCGGUGGGAAAAGAAGAUUUUGUGAUGACAGUUGAUCAAAAAUUCAGGGAGGCCGUAUUGGGACCACGCGAGGUAACCCUUCGAAAACUUGUAAGGGAACAUGACGUGGCCAUCUACCUCCCAGACGAAGAUGAUGAGCGUCAUUACAUCAGUAUCUUUGGCCCUCUCAAGCAAGCCCAGGAGGCUGGAAGAGUCAUAUCGAAAAUGAUUGACGACAUUUUGAACUUUUCAACGGAAAAUGACCUGAAACUUGUGGGCUUAGAUUGGUACCAGUUCGACUUAGGACUUGAGGGCAGACGUCUCCUUCUCGCCCUCAACGGACAAGGAACUAAGGAAGUCAAGAGCCUCUUCAAAGUGAACCUGAUUCUGCCGGAAGAAGAAGACAGAAGGGAAAUUGGCUAUUUAGGAGGAGAUCUGAAAGAAGUUAAAAAGGCCUAUGACCACCUUCGUCUCCUCCUCGAAGAACUCAGCGUAAGAAGUUGUGACAUCACAACUGAAGGACUAAGCAGAAUUGGGGCAGGCCAGUACCGUUUGGAAGUGGACGCCCAAAACAAGGGACUUCUGGUCGGCCCAAAAGGAGAUAACCUGAGGAGAAUUGAGAAGAUCAACAAUGUCAGGAUUAUUGUCCACAAGAAAACAGACGGCUUCAUCACCAUACAAGGCCAGUUGAACUAUGUCGAGGACGCCUGUCUAGACAUAAGAGAAGCCAUGAAGCCCCCUGUGCCCAAAGGAAAGUGCAACACAGGCCAGCAAGGAGGAAGGAAUUUCCCUCAGGAGGAAAUCCUCCCAGGGUUAACCAGGAUAGGAGAUCGCCUCUACGGAAUCGUCCUAGACAGCGAGGAACGAGCCAUGGUCAUCGGCCGAGGAGGACAGAACAUCAAGAGGCUGGUUAACGAGCACAAAGUCGUCUUCCAAGGCCCCAAGAAGGACGAAACCUCCAACGACUGCACCGUUAGAGGAAAUGAGAAUGACGUCGUCGAUUUCUUUUACGAGGUCCAGGAAAUCGUCCAGACCAAAAGAAAGAAAGGACAGGGAGCUCCAGGUAGGACCAGAAGAGGAGCAACUUUGGGAGAUUUCUUUUGAGAUGAAGGAAGAAAGAAAGUUGGAUUUGAUGAAGAGCUUCGUAUUGGCCCUGGUGUAAGAAACAGGAAUAGUGCUAAAUUUUGUGUGUAUGUUGUGAAUAUAGAAAAAAUAGAAAAGGUGGAUAGUGAUGUCCCCACCAAAAAAAAUAUAAAACAUAAAAUCCAAAAAAAUUAUAAAACUGAAAAAAAUAGUGUUAAGUUCAUUAGUGUUAAGGUUUGUUAAGGAAAUUGUUUUUUUUAGUGCUGUGAUUAUAGAAAAAACAGAAAAAGUGGAUAGAGAUAUCCCCACCAAAAAAAAUAUAUAAAAACCAAAAUAAAAAAAGUAUAAAACAAAAAUAAAAAAAAUAAUUAGUAUUAAGUUCUUUAGUGUUAAGUUUUGUAAGGAAAAUCAUUUUGUUUUUAGUAAUGUGAUUAUGGAAAAAAACAGAAAAGGUGGAUAGUGAUAUCCCAACCAAAAAAAAUAUAAAACACAAAAUCCCCAAAAAUGUAUAAAACUGAAAAAUGAAAAAAAUAUAUUUAGUGUUAAGUGAAUUAGUGUA